UAUUUAAAACAUGACGUGUAGGAAAAUAAAAAAAGGUUUAAUGUGAUAGUUGACAUCGAUCUGCUCAGGAAACCGUCAACAUCAGCAGUCCACGUGUCUUCCUGUGCAAAGUGGAGUCCGAUAAGGGGUUAAAAGAUCAGAUCUCGUCGCGGAUCGGAUCCAGUGCUUCGGCUCUCGUCGCUCCGCGGGCGGACACUCGGCAGACGCUGGCUCGCGCUCGACAUUUCAACUCGCUGUGGAUUGUGGGAGUCGAGGAGGAAGGAGGACACUGCCCAGGCUUGUUCACCGGAGGAACCGGGACACAUUUUCCGCUCUGUCUAGUGCCACACUGGUUUCAUCACCAUGUCCAGUCGAGGAGGCAAGAAGAAGACGACCAAGACCUCGCGGUCCACUAAGGCCGGGGUCAUCUUCCCUGUCGGGCGUAUGCUGCGGUAUAUCAAGAGGGGUCUGCCCAAGUAUCGCAUAGGGGUGGGAGCGCCCGUCUACCUGGCUGCUGUACUCGAGUAUCUUACUGCCGAGAUCCUGGAAUUGGCAGGAAAUGCAGCGAGAGACAACAAGAAGGGUCGCGUCACACCGCGCCACAUCCUGCUCGCUAUCGCCAACGACGAGGAGUUAAACCAGUUGCUUAAAGGCGUGACAAUUGCAGCAGGCGGAGUUCUGCCCAACAUCCACCCAGAGCUGCUGGCCAAGAAGAGAGGAGCCAAGGGCAAACUCGAGACUCCCGUGUCACCUGCCCCCGAGAAGAAGCCCAAGCCGGUCAAGAAAACAGCGGCCAAGAAGCUGAGCGGGAAAAAGGGAGGAGGAAAGGUUAAGAAACAGAGUGAGGUGAGCAAGGCGGCGUCGGCAGACAGCACCACAGAGGGAUCUCCAACAGACAGCUUCACCGUUCUCUCCACCAAGAGCCUUUUCCUGGGUCAGAAGCUCAACCUUAUCCACAGCGAGGUCAGCAACUUGGCUGGCUUUGAUGUGGAAGGGGUCAUCAACCCCACCACUGCUGAACUUGAACUUAAAGAUGAUCUAGGCUCUGCUCUGGAAAAGAAGGGAGGGAAGGAGUUUGCUGAUGCACUGCAGGAGCUGAAGAAGAAGAACGGCCCCCUGGAGGUGGCUGGUGCCGUGUUGACCGCUGGCUUUGGUCUGCCGGCCAAGUACGUCAUACACUGUAACAGUCCAGGCUGGGGCUCGGACAAGUGUGAUGAGAUGCUGGAGAAGACGGUGAAGAACUGCCUCGCUCUGGCCGACGAGAAGAAACUCAAGUCUGUGGCCUUCCCCUCCAUCGGCAGCGGAAGGAACGGUUUCCCGAAGCAGACGGCGGCCCAGCUCAUCCUAAAGGCCAUAUCCAGCUACUUUGUGGCCACCAUGUCUUCCACCAUCAAGACCGUCUACUUUGUGCUGUUUGACAGCGAGAGCAUCGGCAUCUACGUGCAGGAAAUGGCCAAGCUGGAGACGAGCUAAGAGAAUCUGGGGAUGAAACAAAAGCCUCGUUGCUCCUGUUAUUUUUUUCCCUGCAAGGAAAAAAGGAAGGUGUUUUUUUGUGAUUGAUUUGGUUAAAUACGAAGAGAAGAAGAAGAAAAAAUGGCCGGGAAACUUGGUUUUGCAUUCUAUUUUUUCCUGUUAUUGUUUUUAAUUUCGUGUGCUGUUCAUUCGACGUCUUUUUUAACACAAACAGUCGCACACAGAGCGGAUUCUGCGAGUGAGAAGGCUCACUUCAGUAUUUAAUUUGAAUCAUUUUCAUUAUGAUUAUCAAAAAUAUUACUAUUAUUAUGUACGAUGGCAACACCUCAAUUACAACGGCUUGACGAGAAGCCGGGACAAAUACGGGUUCAUGCAUGUUAAGACAAAAACAAACAGCUAUUCUCUUCCUCUCAAGCUCACAAACACAAACACAAGACACUUAAUUAUGUGUGUUUUUGGUGUCACAUGAUGAUGAUGAUGACUGUACUGUAUACGGUAAAAAAGGUAAAAGCGUAAAAGAAAAGUUCAGUUUGCUUCAGUUUUGGUCGUCAGGAGACUUGAGUUUCUGUUUUGUGUUGUGUUUUCGUGUCACAUAAUCCUCAGUUUUCCUCAGAGUGUCCCCAAAAAAUGUCCUUUACAUUUAAAAAGAAAGUUCUGUAAAUACCCACAUAUAUAUUAUAUACUCUGGUUGGCCGUGAGUUUCAGUAAAAAUUAAACUAUGACACAAAUUAGAGAUUUGCAGGUUUUUGCAGGGCACUUGGUUUCUAGUGUGUGUUGAUAUAUCUGUGUUUCUAUAGAUGGAGUAUUUGUGAAUUUGUUAUAGCAAAGAUAUUAAAGUCUGUAAUAUAGAUUUUUAUUUUCUAUUUUAAUUUCUGAUUGAACACUGAUUGUAUAGGUGAUUUUGAAGGAGGAAAAAAAAAAGAAAAAGAGUCAUUAUUUGUGUGUCAUAAAUCAGUUGAUGGAAGAAGAAGGUUUGGUUUUAUGCGCGUUCACUCAAACUGCCACUAGGUGGCUCCCUGUAAUCAAGAAUUGGAUUUUGUUUCCUGUACAGCAGCAGGCCUCUCUUCACACAGACAACAGACACUUGGUGGAUUUGAGUUGGGAUUUGAAUUGAGAUUGACGGAUGUGUACAAAGACUGCUCUGCUGCAUUUGGACUUUUCAGCGGCUCGACUUUCUUACGUAAAACAAAACAAAAAAUAACCAUGUAAAAUGCUUUCUAUUGAAAUUGAUUCUACAAAAGGUCUGUACACACUCCGAUAAUAAAACAACUUUAAAAAAAACA